GGUCCCAGGCGGUGCAACUCUCGGCUCAGGGCGCUUAGCGGCCCAGGACUUCCGCGAGCGCCGCCCCUGCCUCUCGCUGACCCCGCCAGAGACUCCAGGUGCACCGCCGCCAGGUGGCCCUGGACGCGCCAGGCUGGGGGCGCUUCUGAGAGCCCCGCGGGGCCCAUGGAGGUGGAGACCGCUGAGGAACAGGGGGUCCCCGCGCCCCGGGCAGGUGCACCCUGCGGACCUGGCCCUACCGGUGCUCCAUCCUACGGUGGGCGGUGUGAGCCCAAGAAGUACGCAGUGACGGAUGAUUACCAGUUGUCCAAACAAGUGCUGGGUCUGGGUGUGAAUGGCAAGGUGCUGGAGUGUUUCCACCUGCGCACUGGGCAGAAGUGUGCCCUGAAGCUCCUGUAUGACAGUCCCAAGGCCCGGCAGGAGGUAGAGCACCACUGGCAGGCCUCAAAUGGCCCCCACAUCGUGCGCAUCCUUGAUGUGUAUGAGAACAUGCAUCACAACAAGCGCUGUCUCCUCAUCGUCAUGGAAUGCAUGGAAGGUGGUGAGUUGUUCAGCAGAAUCCAGGAACGUGGGGACCAGGCAUUCACUGAGAGAGAAGCUGCAGAGAUCAUGAGAGAUAUUGGCACCGCCAUCCAGUUCCUGCACAGCCAGAACAUCGCCCACCGAGAUGUCAAGCCUGAAAACCUGCUCUACACCUCAAAGGAGAGAGAUGCAGUACUCAAGCUCACUGACUUUGGUUUUGCCAAGGAGACCACCCAAAAUGCUCUGCGGACGCCCUGCUACACUCCUUAUUAUGUGGCCCCCGAGGUGCUGGGUCCAGAGAAGUAUGACAAGUCAUGCGACAUGUGGUCCCUGGGCGUCAUCAUGUACAUACUCCUGUGUGGCUUCCCACCCUUCUACUCCAACACGGGCCAAGCCAUAUCCCCAGGGAUGAAGAAGAGGAUCCGUCUGGGCCAAUAUGGCUUUCCACAUCCUGAAUGGUCGGAGGUCUCUGAGGAUGCCAAGCAGCUGAUCCGCCUCUUGCUAAAGACAGAUCCCACCGAGAGACUAAACAUCAUACAGUUCAUGAACCAUCCCUGGAUCAACCAAUCCAUGGUGGUGCCACAGACCCCACUCCACACGGCCCGAGUGCUGCAGGAGGACAAAGAACACUGGGAUGAUGUCAAGGAGGAGAUGACCAGUGCCUUGGCAACCAUGCGGGUAGACUAUGACCAGGUGAAGAUCAAGGACCUGAAGACCUCUAAUAACCGGCUCCUCAACAAGCGGAGGAAGAAGCAGUCAGGUGGCUCCUUGGCCUCCCAGGGCUGCAGCAACCAGUAGCUUGUGAACUUCAGUGGAGCCUCUCCUUGGCCUGGAGAGCUCCGAGACCCUGAGUGGAGGGUCCAGGGCUUUUUUUUAAAAAA